UCAUCGCCAGCCCAAUUUUUCUUCUUUUUUUUUUUUGGUAUUUUAUUUUUCUCAACUCUCACCAACAAUAAAUCAACCAAAAUCACAAUCCCUUCAUAACAAAAAAAAAUACUUCUCCCAUUUCAAGUUCUCAGAUCCAAAAUACUCCAAAGAGAGAGAAAGUUUCAGAAGAGAAAAUGGACGCCAUUGAUUCCGUCUUCGAUCCACUCAGAGAAUUCGCUAAGGACAGCGUUAGGCUCGUCAAGCGUUGCCACAAACCCGAUCGCAAAGAAUUCUCUAAGGUUGCUGUGCGUACCGCAAUCGGUUUCGUUGUGAUGGGAUUCGUUGGCUUUUUCGUCAAACUCAUCUUCAUUCCAAUUAACAACAUCAUCGUUGGAUCUGGUUAGGAUGAGGGAAACUAAAAUCACCUCAGGAAUUCCGGUUGUGAAGCAGAAUGAGGCAGAAGGAGUUUCCUAGUUUUGUAUCUCAGUUUUUGCUUUUACAUAUAUUUUAUAGCUUCGGAAGCAUUACAGUUUUAUUUAACAUGUAAAAUUUUAUUUUGCCAUGUGUUAGACUUUUGACCCACUGUUCAAGGAGCAAAAAGUUUAGAUAAAGAAUUGUACUGUUGCAUUGAUUAUUUGCUCACGUAAUUUGCUUUUUAGUUACUUUUAGAUUAAAAUAUAAAUUGGGUCCGUACAAUUGUAGGUUGGAGUUUGAUAAUUUCGUCUCCAACAUUAACAAAAUUUUAGUAUGUGUUUUGAUAUUUUGUUAUUGCAGUAGUUAUUGGAGACAAA